UUUUUAAAAGAGGUUUGACAAGAGAGCGCAGCAGCUGUGAGUGUACUGAGGGGGAAAGUAGCUUUGAACUUUCUCAAACUGUGAACGCAAGAGGGAACAUGGUGCUGCAAACGGAAAGCAGCUUGUCGCGGGAGACCACAGAUACGGAGGAGAACGAGCUGAUGUCUUGCAGCCCGGUGCCGCCGAAACCGGACUGGUGCAAGACAGCCACCGGCCACAUUAAACGACCCAUGAACGCUUUUAUGGUGUGGUCCAAAAUUGAGAGGAGAAAAAUCAUGGAGCAGUCGCCGGACAUGCACAAUGCAGAGAUUUCCAAAAGGCUUGGAAAGCGCUGGAAAAUGCUGAAGGACAGUGAAAAGAUUCCUUUUAUCCGGGAAGCCGAGCGGCUGCGUCUCCAACACAUGGCUGACUACCCCGACUACAAAUACAGACCCAAGAAGAAGCCAAAGGUCGAUGGUUCUUCAAAACCUGCGGUGCAGUCGCCGGAGAAGAUCCGCAAAAUGGUCAAAGCCGCAGCGAAGAAGUGCACGAAACUCAAGCCGAGCAAACCGGUACACAUCAGAGCGAGAGCCCCCUCACAAGACUGUAGAUUCAACUAUGUUUUCACAAACGUAAAAGUGACCCAGUCUAUUAAAAGGGAACUUACUGAUGAUGAAAAUGACGACGAUGAUGCUGACGAGGAGGAGGAUGACUACGAAGACGAGGAGUACGUCAGACUGCACAACGUCCCGGCGAGCCCCACUCUGAGUUCCGCCGCCGAGUCGGACGGCGCGAGCAUGUACGAGGAGACCACGCACACGAGCGGCAGCAGACUGUUUUACAACUUCAAGAACAUUACCAAGCAGAGCGCAGCGUACCCUGCCUUGGUCUCACCAGCAUCCUCUUUCAGGUCCAUUUCCUCUUCGUCCAGCAGCUCCAGCGAGGACUCCGACGACUUGCUGGUGGACUUCAGUUUAAACUUAGCGGCGGGCUCUCACGUAGCGGACCUGGGAAACACUUCAGGAAACCUUUGUCUCUCUCUGGUGGAUAAAGAUUUGGACUCGUUCAGCGAGGGCAGCCUCGGUUCUCACUUUGAGUUCCCGGACUAUUGCACUCCUGAGCUCAGUGAGAUGAUCGCGGGGGACUGGCUCGAGGCGAACUUUUCAGAUCUGGUUUUCACGUACUAACGAGCAAACUCUCGGUGUCCUCCGGCUAACGAAGGCAUCACGCAUCUUCAGGAAGCUGGCAAACGGCUGCUGGACCGAACAGAGGCAGUUCUGAAACACUGUUCAGGAUGCAACUUUUUCCGAGGUCUUAUGUAAACUCUGUAUGCUACAAAUGUGGUUGUUUUUUUGUUUUUUUUUUGUUUUUUUUACCGGUUCCGUUUCCUCCCCAUGUAUGGGAAUAUUUAAGUAGACAAUUGCUCUAGAACACAGGUAUGGCAGGAAGCAUUUUGAUACAUAACCAACAACAUACCUCAUCUUUUUAGAAAAAGUAAAAUAUUUUCUGGCAUAUUUUUGUACAGUUAAAGGGAAUGUUCUUACUGUGCUUUUAAGUGAGGUUUCUUCAGGCACUUCAACCUGGUUUCAUUUGUAAAAGCAUGCAAGCAUUACACUGAGAAGUCAACUUGCAUUUAAAUGCCUGGUUAUGAUUUUACGCAAAUGUACAGCUGUAAAUCUGAAGUGUUUUUAUAGGGAGAUGUACAGUGGAAUUGGGGGAACGCAUACAUGGACCUCAUGUCUGGUACUAGAUUGAAGAUUGUAUAUGUUGUGUAAUAUAGUAAAGUUAGGAGUAUAUGUAUAUCUGUGUGAAUGGGUCCCAAAUAGCAGGUGUAAAACUGGAUUUUGUUUUGCAUUUUUUUUUUAUUAUCUUAAUGGCACAUUUGUUUUUCAUUAUUUUUGUGCAAUAUACUCUCAAAAUGGACCAUCUGCGUUUUGUAGCAAAGGAAAUGAGUUACAUGUCAUGCUGAAGUCUGUAUCUGACACGAAUAAAUCAGCUGGAACUGAUAAGAAAAUGUAUGUCUGGUUAAUUGUGUAUGUGAGCGAAAGUGAGCUAGAAAGACUUUUGAUCUUGCCAUUGGACUAAUUCAAAUAGGUUGACAUUACUAGAUAUGAGAAAUGCAUAUUUAUCCUUGCUUACGGUUCAUCUGGCAAACAUCUGCUCUUUUAAGAAAUAAAUUAUCGCGCUCGUGGAUGAAGCCAACUUUGAUUGGUGUAAUGAUCCCCUCACCUUCCCCAAAAGAGUUCAACCCCUCUUUUUUCCUGUGCAUUCAUUCAGCAGGCCUCUUGCACUACUGCCCAACCUGGAAAGAGGAAUCCUGCACUUUUAGUGCAUACAAAACAAAUAACAAUAUUAAACAAUUUUUUUUUUAAUGAUAUCAUUUAUUGGUACAACACCUAAUGGGAAAACAAGUUAUUCAGAUAAUCAAUACUCUGAAGAUUAUUCAGAAUCCUCAUAUUUUUCAGAUGGAGAUGAGAUGCCACCAACGUAAAGAGUGCUUGAUAAAGACUUGCUAUUAUAGACUGUGCCAUGGCAAGUUGACUAUUUGAUACAAUGUUAACUCUGCAUUCCUUUCUGUAUAACUAAUAAGUGACACCCAGUCCAUUCUGAAAUGUAAGUUCAUGAUAAUCUAAUCGUGGCAUCUACUAACAUGUAAAAAAAAAUUGUCAAUCCAUUAAAAAAUCUGUAUAUGCACACCCUGAAACCUUUUUCCUCAAUAUUUGCACAAUUCUCAUUUGCUUUAAUUAUUCAAUAACUCUAAAAGAAGAGAGAAAAAGAAUGGUGUGAUUAUGCAUAUUAUUUGUAGUCUGUCACAUUAGAAUCCUUGAAAAGUGGCCUUAUAGGAACAAUCUGACCUGUACAACUGGAAACCCAGUUUAUUUGAAAAUCCAUGUCAGUCUGUAUGCAUCGAGCAGAGGGGAAGGGACAAAGUUACUCGGAUAACAGUUCAUCAGAGCUCUCUCGGUUGGCACAUAUGCUAAUCUACAGGAGAAAAGUCAUUCACUGGACGGCAGCCAAGAUACAUGGGUUUGAUUAUACAUUCUCCUUUUCUGUUCAGGGGUGUAUGUUACCAUUCAGAGCAAAAAGCACUUUUCUUCUACCAGACCCAUCAUCUUUACAAGAUCAUUCUGUGGCUCCUGCACAACUACUAAUUAUUUUUUAAAGUAUAAGGAUAUCUA